AGCCAGUCAACACACGGAUGUUGAAGUGAACACAGAUUAUAAAAAAGAGUGUUAUUGAUUAUUAUCAUUAAUUAUCGGGUGUGAAAAAAUUAUAAGAACAAGAAACAACAGUUAUUUAUAAAAUAGUACGUUUUUCAAGCUAUGGAUGAUGGUAAUCAUGAUGAGCUCAAGAAUAAGGGUAAACAUCCACAGCUAAGCUCGAAUUUCUUGUCGAAUUUAUUUUUUUGUUGGGGUUUGAAAAUAUUUUAUAAAGGAUGGAAUAAAGAACUCAAUCAAGACGAUCUUUACAAGCCCUUCGAGGAGCACGAAUCCCAACAUUUAGGUGAUCAACUGGAAUCACUGUGGAAACUAGAAAAAAUAGAACACUCUCAUCCUUGCUUGUUGCGCCCAUUAUGGAAACUAUUCAAGAAAGAUGUGAUAAUUCACGCCUUUUGGGCAUUCGUUUUAGAGUUCAUUUUAAAAAUGUCUCAACCGCUCUUGUUGGGAAAACUGAUAGAAUUCUACAAUCCAGAUCAAACUACUAUAUCUUCAUUAGAAGGUUACCUUUACUCUCUGUGCAUAGUACUGUCUUCUUUCUUGUAUGUGCUAGUUUGUCAUUGGUACCAUCUGUCGCUUCAGCAUCUCGGUAUGAAAAUAAGAAUAGCCUGCUGUUCGCUGAUUUACAGAAAAAGUUUGAGAUUGAGCAAAAAAGCUUUAGUAAACACCACCAUCGGCCAAAUGAUUAAUUUAUUAUCCAAUGACGUGAAUCGUUUUGAUAAUAUUUUUAGAUAUAUCCAUUAUUUGUGGGUGGGACCGUUAGAAAGUUUGGUUAUUAUGUACCUCAUAUACGAAGUUUCAGGUUUUACUGGAUUAUCUGGUUUUAUAAUCCUGUUGCUCUUCAUACCUUUUCAAAUGUUUAUGGGAAAACUUACAACGAAUUUCAGACAAAAAACGGCAGUGAAAACAGACGAAAGGGUGCUUUUGAUGAGCGAAAUUAUAUGCGGAAUCCAAGUCAUUAAAAUGUAUACAUGGGAAAAGGCGUUUUCUCAGCUUGUAGAGAACGUUAGGAAUUCUGAGAUAAAUCAAAUAAGAUUGCUGUCAUACAUUCGAGCCCUGCAUAUGUCUUUCAACAAAUUCAUCACUCGAGCAGCAGUGUUCCUGUGCAUUAUCGUUUACACAUAUAAAGGAAACAAACUAAACGCUGGUUACGUUUACGUAAUUUCCUCGUUUUACAACAUUUUGAAGCAAUCUAUAAGCAACGAUUUUCCUCAAGCUAUCGGUCAAUCAGCCGAAGCGUUGGUGUCCGUCUCGAGAAUCGAAGAGUUCCUGCAAUUCGAUGAAGUCUACCCCGAUGCAAACAGAGAUCCUUACGUUUCGAAAAAACACAACACCAGCACCCCUCUUAUCCACAGUUCCGCCAAGAAGAAGUCAGUGGGAAUAUACCUGGAGAACAUCUGCGCCAAAUGGAUAGACACUCAAGAGGACAACACGUUGCAUAACAUCAAUUUCAACGUCGGUCCGCAACAAUUGGUGGUUGUAGUAGGUGCAGUAGGCUCGGGGAAAACCUCGCUGUUGCACACCGUCAUGAAGGAACUUCCUAUUUGCCGAGGAAAGAAGGACAUCGUGGGGAAAAUAUCGUACGCUUCCCAAGAACCGUGGCUCUUCACCGGAACCGUCAAGCAGAACAUCUUGUUCGGCGAAACUUGGGACGCCAAGAAGUACGAACGGGUGAUCAAAGUGUGCGCGUUGGAGAGGGAUUUGAGCAUGCUGUCUCAGGGCGAUAGAAGCUUGGUGGGUGACCGAGGGGUGACUUUGAGCGGCGGCCAGCGAGCGAGGAUCAACCUCGCCAGGGCCAUUUACAAGGAAGCCGACAUUUACAUCCUGGACGAUCCGCUUUCCGCCGUCGAUACCCACGUUGGCAAACAGAUUUUCGAAGAUUGCAUAAGCGGAUACCUGAGAAGUAAAUGCACCCUGCUGGUAACGCACCAGCUGCAGUAUUUGAAGAACGUCGAUAGGAUCUUCCUGAUGGAAAGAGGCACGAUUGUAUCCAGUGGAAAUUACAAGGAAAUGAGCGAAUCGCCCGGUGAGUUCGCGAAGUUGCUCAAACACCACGUCGAAGACGAGGAAUGCGAUGAUACAAUUGAUGAAGAAUCAUCAGAUUGUACCUUUGAUAGUACUUCCAUAGAGGAGCCUAUGGUCGCCAAAGAAGAGGCGCACGUUCAAAUUUCUUCAUCUAAAGUUUACUUUAGGUACCUGAAAUAUGGUGGCGGAUGGUGUUAUGGAAUUUACCUGAUGAUAUUGUUUGUAUUGACGCAGUUUACUGCAAGUGGAUCGGACUAUUUCGUUAAGGAAUGGGUUGACUUUGAGCAAAAUCGGUAUAAAAACAACGAAACUAAUCGUCUUCUCCUCGAAGCACUCGCCGAUGACGUUAAAAUGGAGGAAAACUACCCAAAACUGUUCAACAUUCAAUCCCCAAUAGAAUCGACAAUACUGACAUCCUCGACUCGUUGCAUUUACAUAUACAGUGUCAUCAUCGCUUCGGUUAUUGUAUUUACUAUUGUCAGAUCCAUUACGUUUUAUAAAAUGUGCCUUAAGGCGUCCGUAAGACUUCAUAACACUAUGUUCAACAAAGUUUGCAAUGGUACAAUGUUUUUCUUUAAUACACAUCCCUCUGGUCGGAUACUUAACCGAUUUUCCAAAGACAUUGGCUGCAUUGAUGAAAUGUUACCGAACUACUUAGUUGAUACUAUUCAGAUCGCUCUAAACGUUCUCGCCGUUAAUAUUAUUGUGAUAGCAACCGUAAAAACCUGGUUUUUACUUCCUACAUUAAUAAUAGGCACCAUAUUUUAUUUAUUCAAAAUUGUGUAUGUCUCGUCGAGUAGAAAUCUAAAAAGGAUGGAGGCAACAACCCGAAGCCCAGUUUUUUCGCACAUCCACGCUUCCUUGCAAGGGCUAACUACAGUGAGGGCCUUCGAAGCCCAAACAAUCCUAAAGCAGGAGUUCGAUAAACACCAAGAUUUGCACAGUUCAGCUUACUAUUUGUUUUUAUGUUGUAAUCGUACCUUUGGUUUCUGGCUAGAUCUGCUCUGUGUAGUCUACAUCGGUAUAGUCACUUUCAGCUUCAAUGUUUUUGGAAAUGCAUAUGGAGGAAUGGUCGGUUUAGCUAUAACUCAAGCGAUCAGUCUCACAGGAAUGUUCCAAUGGGGUAUGCGUCAGUGGAGCGAACUGGAUAACUCGAUGACUUCUGUUGAAAGAGUCCUGGAGUAUACAGAUAUAACGCAAGAAAUACACAAUCACAAAAAAGAACCGCCGAAACGUUGGCCUGAACACGGCUUGCUCGAAUUCCAAUCGGUGUACCUUCGAUACGCCACCAACCUCCCGUACGUGCUGAAUAAUUUAACGUUUAAAAUAAAACCGAAGGAGAAAGUGGGUAUUGUGGGAAGAACAGGUGCUGGAAAGUCCACGCUGAUAUCCGCCUUGUUCAGGCUGACUAACAUAGAAGGAAAGAUUUUGAUCGACGGUAUUUGCACGUCCGAUAUACCUUUGAAGACUAUUCGAUCGAAAAUCGCCAUCAUACCCCAGGAGCCGGUGCUGUUUUCCGGAACACUCCGAGCAAAUUUGGAUCCGUUGUGUGAAUAUACCGAUUGGGAUCUGUGGAAGGCUUUAGAUGAGGUAGCACUAAAAGAAGUGGUAUCCGAAAUGGAGAUGGGUUUAGACAGCAAAAUAAGCGAAGGUGGAUCAAAUUUCAGUCUUGGUCAAAGACAACUAAUUUGCUUAGCUCGAGCCAUAAUAAAACAGAACAAGAUUUUAGUAUUAGAUGAGGCAACCGCUAACGUUGAUCCGAAAACGGAUGCGCUAAUUCAAUCUACAAUUAGAAGCAAAUUUGCCAAUUGCACAGUCCUUACAAUAGCUCACAGAUUACACACGGUGAUGGAUUCCGAUAAGGUUUUGGUAAUGGAUGCGGGAUCUGCCGUUGAAUUUAACCAUCCCCACAUACUUUUACAGAAUCCUGAAGGCAUAUUUUACAGCCUAGUAAAACAAACUGGAAAAUCGAUGGCUGAGAAUUUAAGUAAAAUAGCCGAACAGAGUUACAACUACUUAAACAGCUGUUAAAUAAUACAAAUCGUUCCUUUUUUUAAUGUGAUAUACUUAUUUAUUUAGGCAUGUAAUAGGUACAAUUAUUUUUGUUUUAGAUACGUGUUGAUCAUUUUUUAUAAGUU